CCUCAACAAAUACAACAAUAAUAAUGUUUCCAAAACAAGGAACUAAGCCACUUUAGAAGCAGGAAAACGGAUCCAGUGCACAUGUUAGAUUGAGAGCACGACUGCAGCUGCUUCUGGUGAAUCAGUCAAGGUCAGAGUUACAUAACAAGGAAUUAGUGAGUAAAACGGUGCCUGUGAAGGGCAGCUUGUAGCUUCCCAGUCUCCACACUUCAAAUCCACCUCCUCCAGGUUCACGUUUUACCUCUUAGGUGUGUUCUUGCUGUGUCGUGGUUCUAAUUCCAUGCUUUUGUUCUUUUUAAACACAGAAACAGUUUUUGUUUACCUGUUUUGUUUUGUAGCUACAGUUUCGCCGUCGGCAUGGAACGUUUUACCUUCUGUGCCUCUGAAGGAAGGUUUUUUGUCACCACUGUGGUAAAUAAAUGAUUUGCUUUUGUGCAAAUGGAUUGCCGGGACCAGUCAUGGCUGAAACAGUGAAGAGCACGUGCUACGAGGGCUGUGGUGUGAGUGACUUCCACUUUUAUCUGGAAAAGUCAAACGAGCACGGGGAAAUUCCCAAGUUCGUCCACGAUGUCUUGCCUGGGGAAUUCAAAAGGAUUGGAGCAGGUCAAACCAGCCUGGAUGUUCUUGGUGUUGGAGAUGGAGGAGGUAAGUGAGUGUUUGACUAAUCUACAGUAAAGUCAGCAACAACAUGAUCAUAAACUGGAUGAAUCAUCCUAAAUGAUGGCAGAUUAAACUGGUGAUUUUAAGAACAUCUGUUACGCAUCCAGGAAGCCAUGUUUCUGUAAAACAUUUAAUUUCACAUUCUGAUAUUUAAGCUUUGUCUUCGUAACAUCUUUGCCUUCUUUGCUCGUCACCAUUUGCUCCCAGCUUCUUUGUCUCCUGUUUAAUUUGUCAGGGAUUUGGAGUUUUAUUCUCAGGAUUAAUUGGGCUUUGGAAAAUCCAGUCAGCUGCUCUUGCACGUAAACAGCUCCCCCAUCGGCAUGAUGGCUCAUCAUAACAGAUGUUAAUAAGCUCCAGAAGUACCAGCAGAAAGAGUUUAAGCAGCACGACUUCCCAACUGGGUUGAGUAGCUGCUACAAAUAUUACUGUUUUAUUGAAGAACUGGAAAGGACCUGAAAUGAAGAACAACAAUAGGCUCUGAGCUAUUGCUAAUGUGAUGUCAUAAAGAAAUAAAGCGGGAUUUAAAAGAUAUAAUUUAAAAAUGUUUUAGCGGAAUUGCCUCCUCCAGGUCAGAUAGAUGUCCAGAUGCUCUCCCUGCUGCAGUCGGCAUUCCCUGCUGUUCCCGUAACAGCUGACAUUGUGGAGGGCAGCUUGGAGCUCACAGACAACUUCAAAGGUGUGCAUCAUCAUCAUCAUCAUCAUCAUUCAUAAGCACUUUAAACCAGCUUGACUUUUAGCUCUUAAUGCAAAACGUACGUAAGUGGUGAGAGGAACAAACUUAGUGGUCAGUUCAGUUUCUUGAACGGUAGCAGCUCGAAGGUUAGGCAUGAAGGUUAAGAUGACUCCUCGGCUGUUCUAGGAGCGGUGCCCCUGGGGAUAAUCUGUAUCUGAAAUUUGAUUGGCUGCCUGAAGUGCCCCUGUUCUGUCACAUCUGUCCUUUGUGCAGUGAUCAAAUGGCGUGUGGUUGUAAUUCAAAGUCCAAACACUGGUGGUGCUAAUGAGCCAAAUAGGAAUUUCCAGUGUGUGUAAGGAUGUUGGGCUAAUACUUGACCCCCCCUUAUAAAUAUUAUGGCCCCUCAGGGACCCCGUACUCAGAACAAUCAGAUCCGCCCCUGAGGCGACGUGCUGAAACUGAGCUGUUUGAUGGAAAAGGGGGAUUUAAAUGACAUUAAACUUGACAGGUUGUUUUGUGAAUUUCAGAACUUGCUGAUUUUCUGGGAUUUUCAUAAUCAGAUUUAUUGUCAAUAAGCCAGUUUACUUACUGACUCACAGACUGGUUCUAGAUUACAGUAGCUUAGAUAAGCUACUGUACUGUGUGUGUGUGUGUGUGUGUGUGUGUGUGUGUGUGUGUGUGUGUGUGUGUGUGGGUAUGUAUAUAUGUAUAUAGGUGUGUGUGUAAAUGAACAUGUGUGUGGGUAUACAUGUUCUUAUGUGUUUUUAGGUAUUUUUAUUCUCAUUUAUUGUGGUUGUUGUAUGUUUUAGAGAGCGAACAUCUACCGAAGACAAAUUCCUUGAAAAUGUAAUUUUACUUGGCCAAUAAAUCUGAAAUCCGAAUCUGAAUAAACUCUGGCUCCUAUAAAGGUCUGCAGAAUGACAUCUCUGAAGCACAACAGCUGCUUCAGAUGGACUCCAGCUGGAGAAGACUACAUCAGGUGUCACUCCUGUCAGCUGGGAUCAGGCUAUGGCUACAGUCCCCACAGGAUCACCAGAACUGGCUCACGAUUUGGUUUCACCAACACAAAAGCAUGGAUCCAUCCUUCCUUUUACCAGUGCUUCAACAUGGUGUUGGUGGUGGUGGGUGUUCUUGGUCCCUUAGCACCACCGGAUUCUGGUUUAAACACCACAGCCUACCAGAGAUUUUUUGCUGACCAUGUGUAUCUCUUUGAGCACAUGGAACCAUCUUCUGUUGGCUAAUACCAGCAGGUUCAUGCACCAUGUCACAAAGCUCAGAUCAUCUCUAACUGGUUUCUAGAACAUGACCAAGAGUUCACCUGGCUCCAACGGCCUCCACGGUCUCCAGAUCUCAGUACAACCCAGAACCUUUGGGAAGUGGUGGAACAGGACAUUCUCCUCAUGGAUGGAGCGGAUGCCGUCAUGUCAGUGUGGCAUCCGGGGUUGGUUGUAGUUGCCAGUAACACACAACGCCACCUGGGGAGUUGCACCCCAGGAAAUAAGGACACACAGGUCCAAUCAGGCAGGAGACGUGGUCUGACCAAUGGCAUGCUUUUAUUAAAAUAUAAAAGAGAAAGAAAAGAUACUAAAUUAAUCUGAACAGGCUGAAGCUUACAGGGUCCAAUUCGACCAACCAAAAAAAAACUAAAGUCACCCAUCACAGUGCCGUGCAUCCAGGAGAUGCACGAUGAAAUAACACACACACUCACACGUGGAAAACUCCCACCACCAAGGCCGAUCGUGCCCACUGGGAGCAAGCAGCCUGCAAUAAAAAAAAGAAACUGUUAAAAACAAAAACUGUUAAAAAGAUGGACAGCCUGCUAGGUCACCAGCCAGGAGUUGCAGGCUGUCUAAAAUAAAUAAAAAUAAAGCAAAAUAAUUUAUUUUAAAAGAGCAAUCAGUCUCGCUCAGAUGCAUGCCAGACGUGCGCCACGCACAGCAAAGAGCUGCUAAACAGCUCGAAAGUUCCUGCUGCUGCGGACACCGGAGAGGUGGUCCUUCCUGGACCAGAGUUGAGUUCCACUACAGCCUAGCCUAGGAGGCGAUGUCGUUGGUGGCCGUGGACCCGAUCUGGUAUAGGUCAAGCGGGACCAGCCGCUGUCACAUCCAAGCACCCGCACGCCGGGCGAUACCGGGAACUCGUGUCCUCUACUCGUGGGAGCCGGGGAGAAGCGAAACAGCAGAGUCUGUGGAGGUGCAGACUCUAAAAUGAGUCAAAGCUAAUUAAAAUGAGCAGCUGAAUGGUGAAAAGGGCAGGGUACAUACCUUAGGCGUUAGUUUGCCCACCUUAGCCGGCGAAACACUGGUAAGUCCCAGAGCUGAUCGGUCACACACCAGCCACCACUAGACUAAUAUGAUCAACACAGACUCCUAAGCUGCCAUCGCCGAAGGGAUCCUUUUACUUACAGUUUGCGCUGAGAGUUCUAUUUCGUCUAGUCUUAGCCCUUAAGCUAGCUGCUAUUGGAAGGAUGAUCUCCGCAUCAGCCAAUCAUGAAGAGCUUAAAUGUACGCCCACCAAUAGUGGGCCCCCUCGUGGUAUAUAACCGCAGUGACCCCACUGCUCACCUCCUUUUUCUCUUCAUGCCAAGCUUGAGAGCUUUAUUAAAGAGCAAAUAUUAUCUCAAAAGAGCAAAUUAUCCGAAGACAAAUUACCAGCCAUGUCCAGCGACACCAGACCCUGCCAGACGGGCUCCAUUUCCAGCGGCGACCUGCACGCUAAGUGUGAGGUCUGUCUCGGGGCUCACCACGCUGGCCUGGCCUUGACCCCGCAGGCCUCGUGCCCGUUCUGUGCCGCUCUGCCCGUGGCGGAGAAGAUUCGCCGGGUCGAGUACUUCACUCCCGCCGCCGACGAAGAAUUUCCGGUGGCUGACUUCUACCCGCUGGACAAGGCUUUGGUUUUCUUCGACGCCGGUCAGGAGCCGGCUGGCUUCAACCGGCUGGAUGACGUCACUGACAGCGAAAACUACAAUGAGGCGGCGUCCCUCCUAGACAUAACGGAGGUCGACGAGCUUCGCUCAGCGGGUCCUUCUGCCCCAGUGGCUUCUCGCUCCUCCCUGCCAGCAGUAAGAGCACUGCUCCAGGAGCUGCCCGCCAUCAUUUCUGCGUCAGCAGCCCGCAAGGGGCUAGCUGUGCCAGAACCAGCCCUGCCUGAAGCGGAUGAUUUGGCGGGAAUUUUCGGGGCAACUCAGACACGCUGUCCAGACCCUGUCUGGCCGCGCUUCCCCGCUGCUAUGAGCUGCUGGUCUGCCGCCUUCUCCGAGCCUGCCAAGCUCAAGGCGCCAGUCUCCACAUAUGCGCCCAUCACCAAGGUCGAGGGGUUUUCCGACCAAGGCUGGCCGUCCGUUCCUCCACUAGAGCCGGAUUUGGCCUCGCUGUUCGGCGCCAAGCACCACCUCGCUGGCCCGCGAGCUGUUCCCGCUUCAAAACAUGACCAGCUGCUGACGCGGCUCACCGACCGCGCACAUCAGUGUGCCUUUCAGACCGGCGCUGCAGGGAAUAACAUCGCCCUUCUUGCCUUCGGCGUCUCCAAGAUGAUGGAGGAGCUGGAAGCUCCCGAGGAGUCGAAAGCCGUCAUAACUAAGACUGCUGAUGCCAUCCUCAAUCUGUGUGCUGCUGUGCUCACCGGUUCUGCUCGCAUCGCUGCCUGGCAGACCCUCAUCCAGCGAGCGAUCUGGCUGAAGGCCCUGCCCUCCAUUCCGGAACAUCUGCAAAGGGAGAUGCUGGAUGGCCCCAUCACCACCGAUGUUCUGUUUGGUCCCCAUCUUAGGGGCGUCAUUGAGAGGGCUCAGAAGACGGCCGAACUAUCGGCUACGGUGCGAGACCUGGUCCACCCUCGGUCAGCCUCGCACUCCGGCCGUUCAGCCAGAGGAUGGGACGAACGGCGCGGAAGCUUCAGAUGUCCAGCUGCACCGCCCGCUCCACGGAGCCGGCCUCCCGCUUCGGCUCCACAUCAGCGGGACCAGCGAGAUGGCGGGCAACGGUUCCGGCGGGGCCAGCAGACGCCGUCUUGGCAGUCCCAGGUGCAGGAGCCUCGCCGAAAGCAGCCACGGAAGUGACUCUUUGGGGGGAAUGUGUGUGUUACUGAUUGUUCUGAUGUUGUUGGUUUUGAAAUAAAACCCAAAAAACGUCACUCAAGAGCUCAA